AUGGGCACGGACGAUUUAAGCCCUAAAAUCGAGGACCUCAGCAUCCAGCUGCCUCUUCUGAUCUCCAAUGCUUUUUUGCCCGCCGGUUACGAGCUUUCAUUGGCCAUAGACCACCAGAAACCUAACUUCAAGGGAUCUGCCACCAUCAAGCUUUCCAAGAACCCAUCAUGCACGUCAGUUCCACAAACUUUCGAGUUCCGUUUGCAUAGCAAGAACUUGGUUGUGCUUUCGGCAAAGCUUGUUAUUGAGGGAGAGUCUCCUAUAAAAUUGAGCAUUGCCAACCGCAGGGAAUUGCAAAUGGUGGUACUUACAUGUGAGACUCCGACCGAAGAGAUACUCUCCAAGUCUCCCAAACUUGAAAUCUCCUACAUGGGAACAGUGAACCACAUUCAAACUUAUAGAGAUCAAACUUAUGGUAUCUUCAGAACGAAUUACUCUGAUUCUGUUGAAGGUAGAUCGGAUAAUUACAUCAUUGCAACCCAUUCGCAGCCAUAUGGUGCCAGAACUAUAUUUCCAUGCAUUGACGAGGUCAACGUUAGGGCACCCAUUUCCCUUACCAUUACUGCUCUUGCGAAGUUUAAAGUGAUUUCUAACUCGCCCUUGGCUUCUCAGUCGUACAUUGACAUGACUGACAUGGCUACAUUCAGUUUCAACGAAACACCUUCAAUGCCUACUUCCACCUUCGGCUUUGUCAUUGGUGACCUUGAGUUUUUGGAAAGCAAGGCUGGUGAUAUUCCUGUCCGCUUUGCAACCACAAAAGGUGACGGCUAUUUGGCAACUUACGCUCUUGAUUGCACCACUGCUCUUCUCACUGAGUUGGAGAAGAUCUUCGGUGUACCAUACCCAUUACCAAAGCUUGACAUAGUCACAUUGCCAUUCUUUAGUGAAGGCGCAAUGGAGAAUUGGGGCAUGAUCAAUGUCAUUAAAGAAAGUAUCUUUAUUGGAGAAGACCCCUACACUGGGGUUGAAACGCGACAGCUUCUAGCUCACCAAUUGACUCACCAGUGGUUAGGUAAUCUUAUAUCUUUUGAUGAUUACAAAUACAUGUGGUUGACUGAGGCAUUGGCAACCUUUGUGGGUGAUUACGCUCUCUCGGUAGUCGGUAUUGAACCUGAAGAUAGCUCCAGAUACGAUAUUGGCAAAUCAGAGCACUUGGAAGCCGUCAUGGAUGUCGACUGCUUCUACGGUCAGCCUAUUCCAAGCUUAAAUGAGCACAUGAACCAAGUUGACACUGGUAAGAAUGCUAAGACAGACACGAUGUUUGAGAAGACCUCAUACGAUAAAGGUAUGGUUUUGCUCAACAUGAUAGCUACCAUGUUUCAGCUUGAAUCAAAGGCGGAUACGAUACGACCAUUCUUUGAGCAUUUCAAACAAGUGCUCACGAAAUUUAAGUACCAGGCCAUAAAACCUUUUGAUAUUUGGACGUCACUCAAUGAGCACGUAUCUUUUGACCUCCCUACGUUUGUCCAUUCGUGGAUUCAGUACUCAGGGUUCCCUUGCUUGAGAGUUUCAGCGGAUGGUGCGGGCUUGAAGGUCACCCAAAGCCGCUUUCUUUACGACGGGGAUGCUGUUGCAUUAGGUCUUGAAAACGCACCAUACAACGUUCCUCUUGCGAUUAGAGCCAAGAAAGAAACUGGUGAGGUGAUAAACAUCAAUGUUCUUCUUUCCGAUAGGUCUACGAAGUUGGAGAUCAAACCUGAUCAAUUGAUCAGUUUCAACUUCCAUAAGCAAUUCUACUACAAGGUUGUUUAUGAUCCAGAGGUAACAAGCCACCUUCUUGCCAAGAUGAAAGCGAAUGAAAUGGACCCACUCGAAAUAAUUGGUCUUCUUAAUGAUUAUGGCAGAAUUCUUGGGCAGCCAUUCCAUAAGGAUGAAGAAUCGCUCUUCGGAAAGAACCAAUUGAUCACCCUCGUAUCUAUUAUCAAUGUUUUGGCCUCGGAAUCCUGGGAGAUAAAUUACGAGGUUCUCAAAGUCGCCCUCAAUUUCUUGGAAACAAUCAACAAUAUCAUGCUCCAUUUUAGCGACUACAAGCAGUUUAAAGUCUGGGUAGAUGCAGUGAGCUUGAAACUCUUUGAGAAGAUCGGGUCUUGGGAUAAAGUUUUGGAACAGGAAGACAUUGAUUACGACAGGGUUGAGUAUGAAUGCAGAAAUGUUGUUUUGCAACUUGCCUGUGAAAGCUCAGCAGCUCAGAAUGUGGCCAAGAAGCUUUUCAAGAGUUUGAUUCAUUCCGGCGUGGCGAAGAAGUUUGUACCCAGAGAGUUGUUUUCGAGUAUGUUUAAUGUGACGAUGCACCAGGCAAACAUGAGUGACUACAAGCAGAUCUUAGCACUUGUCAAGAACUCCAACGUUUCGUACUUGAAACAUACAAAUGGUGGUUCCCAACAACUUCAGACGGCGGCAGUCUCAUCCCUUGCAUUUUCCCGCCUGAGGGAUCUUUUGAACAAGACUCUCCACUUUGUUGACUCCAACAUUGAUUCCAAGAUGAUUGAGCUUGCAUUGAUUGGGUUCAAAUUCCAGCAUGAUACCGCCCACAAGGAGUUACUUUGGGCAUGGUACAAGGUUAAUUACGACCAGUGGGUCAAGAGAUCACUUAGAAAAGGGUCCGACUGGGCCAAGCAGAUUCACAAAGCGUUGACUAACAUCACCAAAAUGGUCUUGGGUGAAAUCAUGCAAUACAAGGGCGAGGAGCUCCAGGCCUUCGUCAACGUCAAAGCCAAGCUGCUCCCGCCACACGGCCUUAUAGAGACGUGGGAAGAGGUCCAGGCAGACAAUGAAGAAAGAAGAGCUGUGGCCAUGUUUUACAAUGAUAUGGUUGCAAAUUUGUAA